AUGAAUUUUCUGAAUCACAAGUUAGAUGAGUGCGAAGCCUUUCGUGUCAAGUCAAUACGAUGCGUAUUACAAGGUGAUAAAGAUCCUUUUCCUGUGCAGCGCGACUCCGACGGCGAGCCAAAUGAGCAUGGCGGCGGCGUGCACGGCCAGCAGCUGUCCGUGCGUGGGGCCGUGCAGCGCCCAGUGCAGCGGGAAGUUCUUCUUCAGGAGCUCGCUGCCGAUGUACAGGAACAACGCGUUUUGACCUGA